AUGUAUAUCUGUGUGGCAGUAUUAUCAAUCGCCCUCCUUCUGGGUAACUCUGUCAAGCUCCGAGCUUCCGUUACUGGGCCAGUUCCCUCGGAUGGCGAUGGUCCUGCGUCUCAGGUGUGUCAGCAGUGCUGCCGGGGACCUGCUGCAAUACCCGGCAUACCAGGUCUACCUGGGCCAGUAGGACCGAUGGGGUCGUACGGUCAGCCGGGGUCAAAGGGCGAUGCAGGUCAGCAAGGUGAGAUUGGGCCGAUUGGACCGAUGGGUGAGCGGGGAGCACCUGGGAACCCUGGGGACGACGGGAUAGGCUUGCCCGGCAAGGUAGGUCCGAGGGGUACACCAGGGUUAGUUGGAGCUACCGGUCAGACUGGCGUCAAAGGUCAAAAGGGUGAGCCGGGGGAGGCACCAGACGACUCCAAUCAGCGGGUUGCAUUCACCGUGACGAGGUCGAGCCUUUCUGAUGUGUCUACGGACAUUAACACCCGUUUGCCCUUCCAGCAGACCGCGACGCUACUGCCGGGUACCAGCUUCGAUCUCGAGACUGGCACAUUCACGUGUAAUGUGUUGGGCACCUACGUGUUUAUGUUUUCUGCUUGCAAAUAUUCUGGCAGCAGCGAACUGUGGGUCCAGCUCCGGAAGAACGACGACGUGGUUGUCUCUGGCUAUAGCACUGGAAGUCACUAUGAGUCGAUGUCUAGGAGCGCGGUGCUGGUUCUGCAGCAAGGAGACACGGUAUACCUUAUCAUGCGCGGCAGGGUAGGUGGUUGUUCCAGUCACGACACCUCAUUCAGUGGUUUCCUCAUUUACCCCGAAUAA